AUGGAAAACCAAACUUGCUUGGUAGAAGAGUAUACAAUUCAACAACCGUCUACGGUUGGAGUGAUUGUGAAGGGGAUAGAGAAUAUCAAGUAUGCAGAAAAGAUUAAGGGUACAGCAAAUGGUGUUUACUUAAUGAAGGGUCUGCGUGAAGACAUGAUAGCUGUGUUCAAACCUAUUCAAGAAGAAAUUUUCUAUAGUGUUGGAAAGAAGAAGGGUUACAAAGCGGACCGAGAAGUUGCGGCGUUCAUUUUAGAUCAUCCAGCACAAGAAGGGGGAGAAAGAUUCGGACGUGUACCACCUACAAGCUUUGCGCGUGCCAGAUACACUAAUGGAGAAACAACAGACUCGGAGAGCGGUUCGCUUCAGCAGUACGUCCAGAAUCAAGAGUGGAAACAAAGGCCAGAAGUGUUUGCUAUUGAUGAUGUUCAAAGAUUGAGUUUGAUUGAUGUGCGCUUUGGAAAUAAUGAUAGGCAUAAUGGCAACAUCUUGAAUUCAAACACAAAUGGGGGAAGCUUUAUUUGGACAACAUGGGCUCAAGCAGCCUUUCCGUAUCCAUAUUAUAUGGUAGAUUAUGUGAAGAGCCUAGAUGUCAAAAAUGAUCUCAAUACUUUGAAGGAAAAUGGGAUAGAGCUGGGAGAGAGGUCUGAAUAUAUUUACAAAGUUCAAAACAAAGUUCUACAAGCAGGUGUUCUUGGUGGUUAUACUCCAAAAGAUAUUGGAAAAUUCAUGACAAAGGUCUAUCGCAGAAAAAAAGAGAAGGCUCCAAGAACUAUUAUAGAUGUUAUGAACUGCAUGAGUGGUAUACCAGAAGCUUGGAGUGUUGAAGAGAGUCAGGCACUGGAGUUAGUUCACGAGAAGACCACAAGUGCACUAGAUUACAAUAGAAGUUUGCCUGAGGAGAAUUUGAAGGGUUCGACAUCAACAUAUCGACGCUAG